CCAGUCAUUCGGUCGUCGUCGUCGGUCGUCAACGACUCUACAUAAAAAACGAGUCUUAAAUAUUGUUAUCAUUAAUAAUAUCGUGUCGACGUCUUCAAGACUUGAACGCGGACACGUCACAUCGUCCCUCUUUCUCCUCGUCGUCGCUCGAUACGCAAAGAUUAUAUUAUUAUAAUAUUUUAUUAACAUUACAAGAUAUUAUAGGACGUACUUAACUAAGGACGGAAAAUAGCGAAACAAUUUUUUUUAAAAGCCAACUCUUGGUAUACGUCUAUCAUCUACGUCCUACGACGAUAAAGCGAUUUAUCGAUACAAAAUAUCGUGCGCGGUUCGCGUCGCGAAUUCGAUCGGCCAAUGCCGUCGAGUGUCGAUCGCCGUCGUCGACUUCGCGGGAAAGUCGUGUGGCCGGCGAUUGCGCGUGGCGGCGAUAACGGGCGGGUGAUAUUAUAAACAUUAUAAAAAGAUAAAAACGCGCACGCACCGAGCGGCGAGUGCGACGACGGUGGGUCGGACGGGAUUACGACGACGGCGACGACGAAAGGUGAAAAUCCUCGCGCGGAGUUAUCACAACGAUAACAGUACUACUUCACCUAUAUAAGUGUAAUAAAAUAAACAACGAUAAUAAUAAUAAUAAUAAUAUUUACGGACAAUAAUUAUGAUCUCAUCGCCGUCGGAAUCGUAUCGGAGUAUCAAGUAGCAACACCGCGCCGCGAUCACCUCCCGAGAACGCACGUAGGUAGUCUUUCGCGUGUUCUUUCGUUCGGUCGACGUCAUGACGACGUGCCAUCGCCACCGCCGCCGAUGCGAUAGAUGAAAAACGCCAUCGGCCGUUGCGUCUCAUCACAGCAGCCGACGACCAGACAUGGAAGCCGUGGUCCAAUUCGAUUACGCGGCCCGCGAACCCGAUGAGUUGACGUUGAAGAAGGGAGACGUCAUCACUGAUGUCAAGCCUAUGCCCGACGGAUGGAUGGAAGGACACAAGGACGGCAAGAAAGGAAUGUUUCCCGACACCUACGUUAAGAUCGUUCAUGCUUCGGGUGGCGUCGUUUUGAGAAAAAAAAAUGCCAGAAAGUGUAAGGUGUUGUUCAGUUACAAACCAGCAAACAGAGAUGAGUUGGAGUUGAACAUAGACGAUGUAAUCGAAGUUCUUGGCGAAGUUGAGGAAGGUUGGUGGAAAGGAGAGCUUAGGAAUGAAAUUGGUGUUUUUCCAUCUAACUAUGUCACUGAAAUAUCAGAUGUUAAGAGUAUUAUUAUUAGUAGAAGUGACUCAAAAACUUCAACUGGAUCCCUCAAGAAAGAAGAAAGCAUCAAGAAAGAAAAAUCUAUUGUGGAACCAAUCAAAACUGCUGAUAAUAAUAUAGAACCCAAUGCUCCAGUUCUACCUCCAAAACCAGCUAAAGAAGUUUGUGUGGCACUCUUCCCUUACGAAGCUGUCAAUAGUGAUGAACUAUCACUGGCUGAAGGCGAUAUAGUUACUAUUUUAUCACGUGAAGUAGAAGACAAAGGCUGGUGGAAAGGAGAGCUUAAAGGAAGAAUCGGAGUGUUUCCUGAUAAUUUUGUUCAAAUAAUGAAUCAAGAUGAGUUGGCAACUAAAUCUGAAAAAACUGUUAGUAGUCCACGUAGCGGUACAACGGCUUCACUGCGUAAAGUUUUUCAGAGCCAAAUGGAAAAUAAACCUUUGGGACCAGUGGUGAGCAAAAAACCUGCUCUGCCACCACCACCACCUACGACCAAGAAACCACCCACUGCCAAAAGUUCUUCCACGUCUUCCUUGUCAAAAACUAUUAGUGGUAUUAAAUCCAUGUUGAAUUCUGAACAAAAUACCACGGAUAAGAUGAAGCAUAUAAAUUCUGAAACUGGGGAUUCUAAACAAUACGGCUCUAUAACUGUAAAACGUUCAGAGUCUGUGGGUUCCAUGAAGAAAUCCUCGGAUUUGCCAGAUGGAUCAAUUAUGAGUAGAUCAAUAUACCAUGUUACGCCAGAAUCGUCCCCAACAUCAUUAGUGUUUACAAAUCAUGAUAACAAUUCUCCUGAGCCCAAGAGUCCUGAUUUCGAUCAAAUAGAGAGAACCGCAAUGCUUAGUCAUCCAACAGCAUCUCGAGCUAAGGCACCUAGAAGGAGGCCACCGUCUGCAGCGUUUAAUGUAUCUACUGAGGAUGAUCCAACAUUGGAUACCCCACCAACAAACGGAAUACCCGGUGUGGAUAAAGAAAAGGCCCCAUGGGUUCAAGAGUUGAAGAUGAAUCAGGCAAAGAAAUCAUCGAUCGCUAAUUCUGUGAUAGGUGGUGGUAGAACACGAGUGAUGAUCAAUCCGUCUACAACCACCAUAACAUCAGAGAGUUCAUCAGAAACCACAACAGUAACAUCCAGAUCAGGAUUGACUUCAGUGGGCUUGGGCGGUGUUGUUUUUAAACCUCCUGGUUACGUGCCACCUCUGACCACACCUGAACCGGUCACAGUUAGCACACCAACCAGUCCUGUUGCACCUAUAUCAGCCGAUUUUAGUCUGUCAACGCCAUCUAUAGAGGGAAAUCUAAUAUCAGUGUUAAAUGAGAAGGUGAAACAAUUGGAGUCCACCGUUCAACUACAAAACAGUUUACUUGACAAGUUGUCGACAAAGUUGGAAGUGGAAAUGGAAAAGCGUAUGGAGAUUGAGAAAGAAAUGAAAAAGAUUAUGGAACUCGUAACAAGAGUUUGACUUGGACAACAGUAUUUCCGUAUAAAUUAAUAGUUAUAAUAAUGAAAAAAUAAUCAAACACGUACUUAAGACCAUUACCAAUUUGUUGCUUAUAGUUUGUUUAUUUCACGAGUAGCCAUGCAUUGAAUAUCAUGAUUACGUUAAUUGUAGGUACAUUUUUAAUCAAUUAGUAUCAGUAAUAAAAAUUUAUUCCAAAAGUCAACGUCAAAACUCUAAUCUCAAUUCUGUGUUCUGUGUCUUCGGGAAAAUUAGUAUUGAUUAUCAUCUUUUGGGAUUACCUAUAUGCAUAUCCCUUGCACAUUAUAUAUUUAUUUUUUAUUCUUCUAGUCUUUAGAGUCAAAUAGUUCAUCAUCUUCAUUCAUAUUUUUAAUUAAGUAUUAUCAUUAUUAUUAUUAUUAUUGUUGUAUUCUAAUCAUUCCUUGAAUUUUUUAGUUAAUUUUCAUAAACUAAAUGUGAUAAAAAGUGGCAUUUCCGACAGUAAAUUUUUGAUUCAAUUUUCACACUAUUACCUCUUACUUCUUGGUACUCAAUAAAAACAAAAUUCUAAAUCUUAUUGGAUAAUUAAUGCAAUUUGUAUUCUAUUAUAAUAUCUUAAGAGUAACAUAUAAAGAUAAGCUACUAUUUCGACUGUAUCCUGCCACCUGAGUUCAUUUAUUAAAUACAUUUUACAGUGAUUUUUUUACCUACUUUUUUUAACAUUCCUUAGAGUUACACACGUUAUUAUUCAUUAUAUCCAAAAAAAAUGUACUUACUCAGAAUUGUUUUUAAUAAUAGUGUACAAUUAGUGUGUUCUGUUAAGUUUCGUUAUGUAUAUUUAGACUGCCAUGAAUGUGGCGUCUAUGGUGUUUGAAAAUCGAUGUAUGGAAAAAUUAAUAUUGAUAAUCGGAUGUUCAGUUGUAAUUUUAUAAAGUUGCUUGCAAAUCGAUAUCCAUUUAUUUACUCUAUUAUAAUAUAAAUUAUAUUUUUAUAUGUUUAUUAAUUAAUUCCCUAGUCCAAUUUUUAUACCGCUAAAUGUUUAAUGUGCUAAAAAAUUAAUUUUUUUUUGUUUACACGCAAAUUAUUCAGUCAUGGCUAAACCGUUUACUACCAUUAUAAUGUUAGCCUCUAAUUUUAUAUGAAUUGUAUUGAUUUUAUAAUAAUUUUAAUAGUUUUUAUUUUAUACUAAUUUAUUUUUAGAAAAUAUUUAGUUUAAUUCUUGUUCAACGAAUUGUGUACAUAUUAUAAUGUAUUUGAUAGUAUUAAAAUAAAAAAAAAUAAUGUGCUUAAAAAAUAGGCAAACGACUGAUUUUGCACACAAUAUGCUCUACACGGCAUCAUGUCAUGUCUUACGAAAUUAAAAAUAUUACGCCUCCCCCUCUCCCCCUAAUCGACUGUCCCUCAAACGACCAGUAAUAUUUAUUUAGUUAAUUUUUAUAAUGCAUACCUAUAUUUUCAUAAAUAAAGUCUUGUAAUAGCGAUUAUUCAGAUAAAUAAUUACAAACAUUUUGUAAAAAUUAUUUUUCAGAAAUGUGAAAUGUCUAUUUAAGCCAAUAAUAAUGUUAUACGAUUAUAUACCAUUGAUUAUUAUAAAUAUUUUUAUUAUAGAAAAAUGUAUGAUUAUCAUUAUUCAAAUAUUAUUAUUAUUAUUAAAAUUAUUAUUACUAACUAUUGUAAGUUGUCCAACGGUGUCAUAUAUAUUUUAUAAAUUGUUAAUUUUUAUUUCCAAUAAAAGUAUUAAAAAUAUA